AUGCUCGCCUCUGAGGUUGACAAGGAGAGUGGUAGACGCACACGGUACCGCAUGGAGUUACCUUUGAUUGAGGGCAACUACACUGGUACAGGGGACCUCACCACUGCCCUUCUUAUGGCGUUCUAUACACAGUUCGGAGUGAAGGAAGCUAUGACUAAGACUGGAAGUGUAUUGCAAAGUGUCAUCAAUCGGACGAGAGAUUAUCAUGAGGCUCAUCCUGGAGUUCCUAGGAAUCCUCCCGAACUCCGACUCAUCCAGUCAAAGAGAGAUAUCGAGAACCCUUGCACGCAGUACGAUAUCACAACAUGGAUCGACGAGUGA